UUUUAUAUUAAUUUUUUUCUGCAGUAUGACCCAAUCUAUUAUAAUUCAAAUUGGUCAAUGUGGUAACCAAAUUGGUUAUCGCUUUUGGGAUUGUGCUGUUAAAGAAUAUGAUAGUGUAAAUAAGCUGUCAAACUGGAAUCCAUCACUAUCAAGUUUUUUUUAUAAUUCUGAGAAAAAAAUAAAUCAUUUUAAAACUGCUACAUGUUUUAAAAGUUUAAAAGCAAGGGCUGUGUUAAUUGACAUGGAGGAAGGAGUAAUUAAUGAUAUUAUGAAAAGUCCACUGGCUACUUUGUUUGAGCAAAAACAAGUCAUUAAUGAUGUUUCAGGAGCUGGUAAUAAUUGGGCAGUUGGUUAUUUUGACUAUGGUAACAAGUAUAAAGAUCAAAUUUCUGAAGUGAUCAGAAAAUCUGCAGAGCAAUGUGAUUGUUUGCAAUGUUUUUUUUGCCUGCAUUCAAUGGGUGGUGGUACUGGAUCAGGUGUUGGGACGUUUGUUUUGCGUCUACUUGAAGAAGAAUACCCAGAAGUAUUUCGAUUUGUCACAGCUGUAUAUCCUUCAGAGGAUGAUGAUGUUGUAACAUCACCAUAUAAUUCAUUAUUGGCUAUGCAUCAGCUUACUGAAGCAGCUGACUUUGUUAUACCCAUUGAAAAUCAAGCAUUGAUAAAUAUUACACAAAAUGUUUCUAAACAUUCUAGUUCUAAAGUAGAAGUUCAAAAAUCAAAAUCGGAAAAACCUUUUGACAGUAUGAAUAAUAUUGUUGCUAGUUUGUUAUUAAACUUAACAAGUUCUUCAAGAUUUGAAGGCUCCAUGAAUGUUGACUUGAAUGAAAUAUCAAUGAACUUAGUUCCUUUUCCAAAAUUGCAUUAUAUAACAACUAGCAUGACACCAAUAUUUAGUUCAUCUUUAAAUUUUGUUCCAAAGCGAAACUUUGAUCAAAUAUUUACUGAUGCUUUUUCUAAAGAAAAUCAGCUGUUGUGUGUUGAUCCAAAAAGUUGCCUUUACCUGGCCUGUGCCUUAAUGGUAAGAGGAGAAGUGGAGGUGUCAGAUAUUCGGAAGAACAUUGAUAAAAUAAAACCAAAGUUAAAUUUUAUAUAUUGGAAUCAGGAGGGUUGGAAAACAGGUUUAUGUUCUGUACCCCCUGCAAAUAUGAAAUCAAGUUUACUCACUUUAGCCAAUAAUACUUGCAUUCAUUAUACUUGCAUGGAUUUACGAAAUCGCUUUGUAAAAUUAUAUAAAAGGAAAGCGCAUUUACAUCACUAUACACAUGUAUCAGGAUUUGAACAAAGUUUGUUUGAUGAAAGUCUUACUUCAAUUGACUUGUUAAUUAGUGAAUAUGAAAAAUUAGAAGCAACUUCGAAAAUCCCACCGCCAUGUUUUGAAAGACUAAAAGUUUUUUGAAAGACUAAAAGUUUUUUGCUAAUUACAUUUAUUAUAUAAUUGUAUAUCUUUAUUAUUUUUUGAACUAUAAAUAGUUAAGUAUCCUGA